AUGCAAUUACUCCCUUUCACCCUCUUCCUGGCCCUCACAGCCGCCUCUCCCAUCGCCUGCCGCGGGACCCUCACAGAAGCUCAAAUCACCACCAUUUCCCCCAAAUCCUCCUCUUGCGAUGACGCGCCAUCCGAAGGCGAAUGCGCAACCGCCAAACAAGCCGCGAAAUUCAUUGCCCAGUCCUUCGACACCUACAAAGUGACAUCGAAAGCCGAACAAGCAGCCGUGAUCAGUCUCAUGGCCUUUGAGAGCGGCGACUUCAAAUAUAACAAGAACCAUUUCCCCGGUGUUGCCGGACAAGGAACACGCAACAUGCAAUCUCCUGCUUUCAACAAGAAGUACGCGGCGUCGAUCCCAGCCGUGAAAGAUAAGGCAGCCGAGACCUCCGACCCAGCAGAUCUGCUUGAUCUGUUGAGAAACGACGGAACCACGGAUUUCGGAUCUGGUGCUUGGUUCCUUACUACAGAAUGUUCCAAGGAGGUGCGCUCUGCACUGGCGGAUGGCUCAGAGGCCGGAUGGAAGAAAUACAUCACUGACUGCGUGGGCACAACCAUCACCGACGACCGCAAGGCAUACUGGGACCGAGCCGUCAAGGCACUUGGAGUUUGA